AGAUAAAAAUAAAAUAAAAGAACAAGCUUUGACGAUUAACAAUGAAACAGUCAGUCAUAGUACUCAAGCAGUUCUCUCAUCCCCAAAACCACAAGCCCCCACACAGAGGUGCAAACCAAACAGUCGCCUUGGGAAAAAACACCUGAACAGAGAAGUCCAGAGCCGUCAAGCGCUGACGCCAACACAUAGUUCAGGGCCGUGAUGCAGUCAACUUUCGAAAGUGAAUCCUUCGUACUGGCGUUGUGGGGCAACAACGCUAACGUGUGGGCCAAAAAGGUGGAACAGUCACAAUUGCCACUUAUACCAAGAGUCUUUCCGAUCCAAAAAAGAAAAUGCAGUAACAGAGAACCAGUGAACGAUCGACAACCGUCAAACAGUCAUCAGUCCAGACCAAUACUACAUGCUCAGUGAACUAAGCUAACUGUGUUAGCCAAUGCUACCAACUGCGACGGCUAAGCGGCCAAAGCAAACUUUGCUAGCAAAAAGCUAGCUAGUAGCACUUAACCAGCACAAACUUUUAUGCUCUCGAUAGCGUUACACACCAUUAGCACGGAUAUUCAUUAGGUAGCUUUUAGCCUCCUCGACCGAAGCAAGUCUCUUCUUACCCCCGUCCUUAGUCGUGAUGAUAAGCCUGGCCGGGAAUAGCAGCACAGGCCUGAGGCCGAGAUUGUAGAGGUCCGCUAAAACCUCUCGAUACUUGGCGCGCUGUUCAAGGACCUUGGGGGCAUAGUCCUCGUAGAUAGCGAUGGGGCUGCCACGGUAUUGUAGCGUGCCUCUCUUGGCUCUGGCCUUGCGGAUGAUUCUCUCUUUCUGUGUGUAACGGUGUAGUCGGAUAAUAACCGCCCUCGGCUUCUCCCCUGGCCCCGGCUUACUGGUCAAUGCCCUAUGUGCUCGGUCGAGCUCCGGGGGAGAAGGCAGAAUCUCCUCACCGAGAAUCUCCGCCAGAAGCUCCGAGAAAAAGGCCGUAGGAUGAGGACCCUCAAUCGAUUCUGGGUCUUGGGGAGGCUUCAGCAAGAGAGACCAGCAUGGAGGGAGAUUGCCUCAGCUGCAUCAAGUAUCUCAUGUUUGUCUUUAACUUCCUCAUCUUUCUGGGAGGGUCAUUUCUCCUUGGAGUCGGGAUAUGGGUGCUGGUGGACCCCACAGACUUUAGAGAGAUUGUGGCUACCAACCCCCUCCUCUUCACUGGAGUUCACAUCAUACUAGCUAUGGGAGGCAUGCUGUUCCUGCUGGGCUUUCUGGGCUGCUGUGGAGCCAUAAGAGAGAACAAGUGUCUGCUACUCUUUUUCUUUAUGUUCAUCCUCAUUAUAUUUUUAGCAGAGCUGGCUGCUGCCAUACUGGCCUUUAUUUUUCGGGAGCAUCUAACCAAAGAGUACUUUACAAAGGAACUGAGGAAACACUAUCAAGGCUUCAACACUACUGAUGUUUUCACCACUACAUGGAAUGCCAUAAUGAACACAUUUGAUUGCUGUGGUGUGAACAGUCCUGAGGACUUUGAGGAGAGCCUCUUCCGUGUCCUCAACCCUAGUUAUGUAGUGCCCGAGGCCUGCUGCCGUAGGAACAGUCACCUAGGGGAUGUGAGCUUCAGCAACAAGGACGAGUGCCUCGCAGGCAACAUGCUAUACCGCAACAACAAGGGGUGUUAUUCAUCAGUUGUGGACUACUUUGAGAUGUACAUAUAUGUGGCUGGUGCCCUGGCUAUUGUUGUGCUUACAGUUGAGCUUUUUGCUAUGGUCUUUGCUAUGUGUCUGUUCAAAGGAAUUCAAUAAGUGCACAAAGGAUUUUCUCAAAAUGGAACUAAACAAGAAUGAUUAGAAAAUUAAUCUUUCAGAGACUUGUACUUCACAGCUGGACCUCUGAGGUGCUAGGUGACACACCAAAAAGGAAAAAAAUAAAAAGAUAGCUCAGUGGACUCGCAUGUAGAGGCUCAUACAUACUUUGAACCAGGUGUUAAAAAGGACCAGUUAAAGCCUGAAUAGAAGAGGACGACGACACUGCACUGAUUUGGCUGAAGAGUAUUUAUAAAAAGUGAUGUGGGCUUGUUUUUAUAGACAUUUGUGUUUAGUUAAAAAUGUUUUAGAAUUUCUUACUCUGUCCAUCAAAAACACCCCCUCCCACACAACAGAACAGCUUAUCAUGCUGGCACUAGUGACACUAGUUCUGUACAUUAUUGUAAGUAUCCAUUUUUAACUCUUACUGUUGUGAUCCUGCCUGUCUGUGUUUGCCUUCUUCCCUCUCUACAUAGCUUUUUUUUAACAUUUUUUUUUUAUUGUGAUGUUUAUUGUAAUGAUGCUUCUAUGUAAUUUAAGCUAAUUUUUUUUAUACAUGCUUAUGUUUGAAAGCUAAG